AUGGACACAGUCCAUAGCGCCACGAGUUUCACGCCUUUUGAAGUCCUCUACGGUAAAAAGAUCAGACUACCUUCCAACUUCUCCGACCCAGACAAAAUCGAGACCUACAGUGACUACAUGAUUGAUUUCGUCCAAAGACUGGAUCGAAUCCAUCAGAUAGCCGCAGACAAUCUCAUCGGCGCGAAGAUGAAAUCGAAGGGGCAGUACGAUCAAAAAACCCACCCGAUGGAAAUCAAAAUCGGUGAUUUCGUCUGCGUAGAAAAGGAACCCAGAUAUGGGAAACUAGAUCAGCAGUAUGUUGGCCCCUUUGAAGUAGUAGGAAUAACCGAGAAAGGGAAUGUCAUCCUGGAGACAGAAGAUGGCAAGAGACUCGAAAAACACCCAAACAAGCUGAAGUCUGCCCCUAGGGGCAACGAUGAUGAAUGA